AGGUCGAAGUUGGGACAACGGGACCUCUUYUUUUCUGACAUUUUAAAAUGUCAUUUCCCAGCCGAUGGAGAGCAUYAAUCAAAGGAAUACGGAUAUUUUCACCGAAUCAAUGCUCCGGGCGACACUCCUUGCCUAAAUUAUUAAGAACAUGGGGUUCCUGUGGAAGGGAUAAUAAAAUCAAAAUGGCGGACAUCGAAGAUUCUAUUUCUCGCGGAUCGAUUGAAGUUUGUCGUGUUAUGGUCCCUGAUGACGCUAAUAUUGCUGGUAAUGUCCACGGUGGYACAACAUUGAAGCUUAUCGAGGAAGCUGGUUAUAUUAUAGCUACUCGUCACUGCAAUAAAGUAAAACCUGACGAAAAGACGCAAUACAAUGCAGCUUUGGCCAGAGUUGAACGAACUGACUUUCUUCAACCCGUGUUUAUUGGGGAAGUUGUGCAAGUACACGCUGAGCUUGGAUAUCCUUCAAAGCAUUCGCUAGAGGUUAAGGUGUCUGUUUGGGCAGAAAAUUUAAUGACGGGAGCUAGAAGGCUAACGAAUCGGGCGGCUCUUUGGUAUGUUCCUGUAGAUGUUAGGCAAAGUCGUCAAGGAAAUGUCGUYAUUGGCGAUGUACCACCUGUAGAAAAUCUUAGUGAUAUUGAAAUGGAUAAAGGAAAAUCCAGGUACGAAUAUCAGAAGCGGUCUCGAUUAGAAAAAGAAGAAAUAUUGAAAAAGAUGCCAUGUAACUGUGCAAACCACUCUACUGCAUCUCAUGCUAAAGAAGUGCCUGUCCAUUCAAUACCUGCAUCAAAGUCGUCAUUCAUUCACUUUGUUCAGCCAUCAGAGUGUAGUGUUCAUGGGUUUCUUAAUGGUGGAGUSAUCAUGAAGAUGAUGGAUGAAGUUGCUGGUACAGUGGCUUACCGACACUGUAAGACUAAUGUUGUGACGGCAUCUAUAGAUGCCAUUGAUUUCCAUGAGUCAGUAACAGUUGGUCAUAUCGUCAAUAUAUUUGGAUUACUGUCAUUUGCAAGUUCUAGAUCCAUGGAGAUUAAAGUGGUUGUUGAUGCUGAAGAUCUUAUUAAUGGUACAGUAGCUAACUAA